CUCAUUGGUCGCCGCCUCACGGGUGCAUCAUGCAGGCAGUUUUAGGCCUUCCACGGCUUCAGACCAAUCGCUGGGCGCCUGCAGCACGGCCAGCUAGCUCGAAGGCUGUGAAACCAGGGCCGCCCGGGCGCACUUGGCCGAGCCUGGUUUCGCUGGCUGUCUUUGUCCAGGCUGCUAUCGUACCCAUCGCUCCGGUGGAGGCAGAGCGUGCACGACGUGGACGGCGGUCUGCUUUGCCGGAGACGGUGCCACCAGCCGCCGCCAGUCGCAUUCUGAUCAAGUCCGAUGCUGACGCCGUGGCCACACAGCUGUGCUCCGAGGUGGCGGCGGCGGCCAAAGAGGCAGUGGCCAAGCGCGGUGGCUUCUCCUUGGCUAUUCCAGGCGGCUCCAUCUUGAAGAUGCUUGUGGCUGGUGCUGCGGAGCUGGAAGGUGUGGAAUGGGACAAAGGUGUGAUGGCCUAUGUCAACCACAAGUGCGUCGCCAACGACGAUGCUGCGGCGACACACAAGAAGGCCGCAGAUUUAUUCCUGUCAGGCUGGAAGGGCUUAAAGGUCAUCACCAUGGGUGGCUCCGCUGACGGGGAGGCCGAAGCCCAGCGCUACGAGGCGGAGCUCCGCGCGGUGCCGGAAGCCUUGCUGCCCCGCACGGCCGGUGACAUGCCCGUCUUCGACAUUUGCCUGAUUGGCGUUGGGGAUGACGGCCACUUCGGAUCUUUGUACCCCAACCGAGAGGAGAUUGCCGAUGAGUCCGGACGCUGGGUGCUACCCGUGGAUCUGAAAUCUCCACCGAGUAUCACCCUGUCACCCGCCGCGAUGAUGGCAUCCAAGAAGGUCUUGGUGGCCUCUGCGGGAGUCUCUGAGAAGUACCCGCUCGGGAAGUCCGAGGCCAUGAAGACAGCGAUUGAAGGCAUGGAGGGACCACGCGCCUUUCCUGCUCAGGUCUUGCGCGGCACGGCCUUUUGGCUUUUGGACGAGGCAGCAGCCUCCGCCCUGAGUCCCGGCUUGCGGUGAAAGUCAAGCUCAUCGCUCUGUGAGCUCGGACGGAGAAAAGCGAGCCAACCGCUGUAGAUCGGACGGAGAUGUUCCCUGGCCGGGUCCAUUUGGGUCCAAUCGGAUCCGAUGGUGGGGCACCACCGGAUCUAUCCAACUGAAAGGUCCGGGCUUGAGACCGAAGUUGGUAUGAUCCGAGAAUUGCUCUACUGACCCCGCACUGAGAUGGCUUAACACCUUUGUUUCAGUGUUCGGCUGCCUUCCGAGCAAUUGGCAGGUUCAACGGUUCGAGCUUGGGAAAAUAU